GCGGCCCCGGGGGCCGGGCCGGCAUCACCGCCGCGUCCCUCCGCUAGAGGAGGGACCAAGCCAAUUCUCUUUUGCAGAAAAAAAAGAUUUAAAAAAUAAAAAUAAAUUACAUGUAUAUAUUAUUAAGAUAAUAUAUACAUCCGAUUUUAUUUUUUUAAAAAGUUUAUUUUGCUCCAUUUUUGAAAAAGAGGGAGCGUGGGUGGCAGGCGGUUUUUAUAAAUUAUGCUUAUUUUCUGUUAUUUGUCCCUGUCCUUCCCCACCCCCUGCUGAAGCGAAAAUAAGGGCAGGGACCUGGGCUCCUACCUAUCUGUAAACCCCUUACCCACCCCACCCCGGCCCUCACGCCCGGUACAGUGCCCUGCACACAGUAAGCGCUCAAUAAAUGUUCCUGGAUGAUGAUGAUGAUGAUGAUGAAAAAAAUGCAGCAUCAACGGCAGCAUCAAGCGGACCACGCGAACGAGGUAAACUAUGCAAGAGGCACCAGACUCCCUCUUUCUGGUGAAGGACCAACUUCUCAACCGAAUAGCUCCAAGCAAACUGUCCUGUCUUGGCAAGCUGCAAUCGAUGCUGCUAGGCAGGCCAAGGCUGCCCAGACUAUGAGCACCUCUGCACCCCCACCUGUAGGAUCUCUCUCCCAAAGAAAACGUCAGCAAUACGCCAAGAGCAAAAAACAGGGUAACUCGACCAACAGCAGACCUGCCCGCGCCCUUUUCUGUUUAUCACUGAAUAACCCCAUCCGAAGAGCCUGCAUUAGUAUAGUGGAAUGGAAACCAUUUGACAUAUUUAUAUUAUUGGCUAUUUUUGCCAAUUGUGUGGCCUUAGCUAUUUACAUCCCAUUCCCUGAAGAUGAUUCUAAUUCAACAAAUCAUAACUUGGAAAAAGUAGAAUAUGCCUUCCUGAUUAUUUUUACAGUCGAGACAUUUUUGAAGAUUAUAGCAUAUGGAUUGUUGCUGCAUCCUAAUGCUUAUGUCAGGAAUGGAUGGAAUUUGCUGGAUUUUGUUAUAGUGAUAGUAGGAUUGUUUAGUGUAAUUUUGGAACAAUUAACCAAAGAAACAGAAGGCGGAAACCACUCCAGCGGCAAAUCAGGAGGCUUUGAUGUCAAAGCGCUCCGUGCCUUCCGAGUGUUACGACCACUUCGACUAGUAUCAGGAGUGCCCAGUUUACAAGUUGUUCUGAACUCCAUUAUAAAAGCCAUGGUUCCCCUCCUUCACAUAGCCCUUUUGGUAUUAUUUGUAAUCAUAAUCUAUGCUAUUAUAGGAUUGGAACUUUUUAUUGGAAAAAUGCACAAAACAUGUUUUUUUGCUGACUCAGAUAUUGUAGCUGAAGAGGACCCAGCUCCAUGUGCGUUCUCAGGGAAUGGACGCCAGUGUACUGCCAAUGGCACAGAAUGUAGGAGUGGCUGGGUUGGCCCAAAUGGAGGCAUUACUAACUUUGAUAACUUUGCCUUUGCCAUGCUCACUGUGUUUCAGUGCAUCACCAUGGAGGGCUGGACAGAUGUGCUCUACUGGGUAAAUGAUGCGAUAGGAUGGGAAUGGCCAUGGGUGUAUUUUGUUAGUCUGAUCAUCCUUGGCUCAUUUUUCGUCCUUAACCUGGUUCUUGGUGUCCUUAGUGGAGAAUUCUCAAAGGAAAGAGAGAAAGCAAAAGCCCGGGGAGAUUUCCAGAAGCUCCGAGAGAAACAGCAACUGGAAGAGGAUCUUAAGGGCUACUUGGACUGGAUCACCCAGGCAGAGGACAUCGAUCCAGAGAAUGAGGAGGAGGGAGGAGAGGAAGGAAAAAGAAAUACUAGCAUGCCUACCAGUGAGACAGAAUCUGUGAACACCGAGAAUGUAAGUGGUGAAGGCGAGGCACAGGGCUGCUGUGGAAGUCUCUGGUGCUGGUGGAAAAGAAGAGGUGCGGCUAAGACUGGGCCCUCAGGGUGUCGGCGGUGGGGUCAAGCCAUCUCAAAAUCAAAACUCAGCCGACGCUGGCGUCGCUGGAACCGAUUCAGUCGCAGAAGAUGUAGGGCUGCUGUGAAGUCUGUCACAUUUUACUGGCUAGUUAUUGUCCUGGUGUUUCUCAACACUUUAACCAUCUCCUCUGAGCACUACAAUCAGCCGGACUGGUUGACGCAAAUUCAAGAUAUUGCUAACAAAGUCCUCUUGGCUCUGUUUACCUGUGAGAUGCUGGUGAAAAUGUACAGUCUGGGUCUCCAGGCAUAUUUUGUCUCUCUUUUCAACCGGUUUGAUUGCUUUGUGGUGUGUGGUGGGAUCACUGAGACCAUCCUGGUGGAGCUGGAAAUCAUGUCUCCGCUGGGGAUCUCUGUGUUCCGGUGUGUACGCCUCCUAAGAAUCUUCAAAGUGACCAGGCACUGGACUUCCCUGAGCAACUUGGUGGCAUCCUUGUUAAACUCCAUGAAGUCCAUCGCUUCCCUGUUGCUUCUGCUUUUCCUCUUCAUUAUCAUCUUUUCCUUACUUGGGAUGCAGCUGUUUGGUGGCAAGUUUAAUUUUGAUGAAACACAAACUAAGCGAAGCACCUUCGACAACUUUCCUCAAGCUCUUCUGACAGUAUUUCAGAUUCUGACAGGUGAAGACUGGAAUGCUGUGAUGUACGAUGGCAUCAUGGCUUAUGGAGGCCCCUCCUCUUCAGGAAUGAUUGUCUGCAUCUACUUCAUCAUCCUCUUCAUUUGUGGCAACUAUAUUCUACUAAAUGUCUUCUUGGCCAUUGCUGUUGACAAUUUGGCGGAUGCUGAAAGUUUGAAUACUGCUCAGAAGGAAGAAGCUGAAGAAAAGGAAAGAAAAAAGAUUGCCAGAAAAGAGAGUCUUGAAAAUAAAAAGAAUAACAAACCAGAAGUCAACCAGGUAGCCAACAGUGACAACAAGGUUACAAUUGAUGACUACCGAGAAGAAGAUGAAGACAAAGAUCCUUACCCACCUUGUGAUGUGCCAGUAGGUGAAGAGGAAGAGGAGGAAGAAGAGGAUGAACCUGAGGUUCCUGCUGGUCCUCGUCCUCGCAGAAUCUCGGAGUUGAACAUGAAGGAGAAAAUUGCUCCCAUCCCUGAAGGAAGCGCUUUCUUCAUUCUUAGCAAGACCAACCCGAUCCGUGUGGGCUGCCACAAGCUCAUCAACCACCACAUCUUCACCAACCUCAUUCUCGUCUUCAUCAUGCUGAGCAGUGCCGCCCUUGCUGCUGAGGACCCCAUCCGCAGUCACUCCUUCCGGAACACUAUACUGGGUUACUUUGACUAUGCUUUCACAGCCAUCUUUACUGUUGAAAUCCUGUUAAAGAUGACAACUUUUGGAGCAUUCCUGCACAAGGGAGCUUUCUGCAGGAACUACUUCAAUUUGCUGGAUAUGCUGGUUGUUGGUGUGUCUCUGGUGUCAUUUGGGAUUCAAUCCAGUGCCAUCUCCGUUGUGAAGAUUCUGAGGGUCUUAAGGGUCCUGAGGCCCCUCAGAGCAAUCAACAGAGCCAAAGGACUUAAGCAUGUUGUUCAAUGUGUCUUCGUGGCCAUCCGGACCAUUGGCAACAUCAUGAUUGUUACUACCCUGCUCCAGUUCAUGUUUGCCUGCAUUGGGGUCCAGUUGUUUAAGGGCAAAUUCUAUCGCUGCACAGAUGAAGCCAAAAGUAACCCAGAGGAAUGCAGGGGGCUUUUCAUCCUCUACAAGGAUGGGGAUGUUGAUAGCCCUGUGGUCCGUGAGAGGAUCUGGCAAAACAGUGAUUUCAACUUUGACAACGUCCUUUCUGCCAUGAUGGCACUCUUCACAGUUUCCACCUUUGAGGGCUGGCCUGCGUUGCUGUAUAAAGCCAUCGACUCAAACGGAGAGAAUGUUGGCCCAGUCUACAACUACCGUGUGGAGAUCUCCAUCUUCUUUAUCAUCUACAUCAUCAUUGUUGCUUUCUUCAUGAUGAACAUUUUUGUGGGCUUUGUCAUCGUUACAUUUCAGGAGCAGGGAGAAAAAGAGUAUAAGAACUGUGAACUGGAUAAAAAUCAGCGUCAGUGUGUGGAGUACGCCUUGAAAGCUCGUCCCUUGAGGAGAUACAUCCCCAAAAACCCCUACCAGUACAAAUUCUGGUACGUGGUGAACUCUUCGCCUUUCGAAUACAUGAUGUUUGUCCUCAUCAUGCUCAACACACUCUGCUUGGCCAUGCAGCACUAUGAGCAGUCCAAAAUGUUCAACGAUGCCAUGGAUAUUCUGAACAUGGUCUUCACUGGGGUGUUCACUGUUGAGAUGGUUUUGAAAGUCAUUGCAUUUAAGCCUAAGGGGUAUUUUAGUGACGCCUGGAACACGUUUGACUCCCUCAUCGUAAUCGGCAGCAUUAUAGACGUGGCCCUCAGCGAAGCAGACAACUCUGAAGAGAGCAAUAGAAUCUCCAUCACCUUUUUCCGUCUUUUCCGAGUGAUGCGAUUGGUGAAGCUUCUCAGCAGGGGGGAAGGCAUCCGGACAUUGCUGUGGACAUUCAUUAAGUCCUUUCAGGCACUCCCAUAUGUUGCCCUCCUAAUCGCCAUGCUCUUCUUUAUAUAUGCAGUCAUCGGCAUGCAGAUGUUUGGAAAAGUUGCCAUGAGAGAUAACAACCAGAUCAAUAGGAACAACAACUUCCAGACGUUUCCCCAGGCAGUGUUGCUGCUCUUCAGAUGUGCAACAGGUGAGGCCUGGCAGGAGAUCAUGCUGGCCUGCCUCCCAGGAAAGCUCUGUGAUCCUGAGUCAGAUUACAGCCCUGGAGAGGAAUAUACAUGUGGGAGCAACUUUGCCAUUGUUUAUUUCAUCAGCUUUUACAUGCUCUGUGCAUUUCUGAUCAUCAAUCUGUUUGUGGCUGUCAUCAUGGACAAUUUUGAUUAUCUGACCCGGGACUGGUCUAUUCUGGGGCCCCACCAUUUAGAUGAAUUCAAACGAAUAUGGUCAGAAUAUGAUCCUGAGGCAAAGGGAAGAAUAAAACACCUCGAUGUGGUCACUUUGCUCCGACGGAUCCAGCCUCCUCUGGGAUUUGGGAAAUUGUGCCCACAUAGAGUAGCAUGCAAGAGAUUAGUUGCCAUGAACAUGCCUCUCAAUAGUGAUGGGACAGUCAUGUUUAAUGCAACCUUAUUUGCUUUGGUCCGAACGGCUCUCAAGAUCAAGACUGAAGGGAACCUGGAACAAGCUAAUGAGGAACUUCGUGCUGUGAUAAAGAAAAUCUGGAAGAAAACCAGCAUGAAACUACUUGACCAAGUUGUCCCUCCAGCUGGUGAUGAUGAGGUAACCGUGGGGAAGUUCUAUGCCACUUUCCUGAUACAGGACUACUUUAGGAAAUUCAAGAAACGGAAAGAACAAGGAUUGGUGGGAAAGUACCCUGCGAAGAACACCACAAUUGCCCUACAGGCAGGAUUAAGGACAUUGCACGACAUUGGGCCAGAAAUCCGGCGUGCUAUAUCCUGUGAUUUGCAAGAUGAUGAGCCAGAAGAAACAAAACAAGAAGAAGAUGUAUUCAAAAGAAAUGGUGCCCUGCUUGGAAACCAUGUCAAUCAUGUUAAUAGUGAUAGGAGAGAUUCCCUUCAGCAGACCAAUACCACCCACCGUCCCCUGCAUGUCCAAAGGCCUUCAAUUCCACCUGCAAGUGAUACUGAGAAACCGCUGUUUCCUCCAGCAGGAAAUUCGGUGUGUCAUAACCAUCAUAACCAUAAUUCCAUAGGAAAGCAAGUUCCCACCUCAACAAAUGCCAAUCUCAAUAAUGCCAAUAUGUCCAAAGCUGCCCAUGGAAACCGGCCCAGCAUUGGAAAUCUUGAGCAUGUGUCUGAAAAUGGGCAUCAUUCCUCCCAUAAGCAUGACCAGGAGUUUCAAAGAAGGUCCAGUAUUAAAAGGUCUGACUCAGGAGAUGAGCAGCUCCCAACCAUCUGCCGGGAAGAUCCAGAGAUACAUGGCUACUUCAGGGACCCACGCUGCUUGGGGGAGCAGGAAUAUUUCAGUAGUGAGGAGUACUGUGAAGAUGACAGCUCUCCUACCUGGAGCAGGCAAAACUACAGCUACUACAACAGGUACCAAGGUAGCACCAUGGACUUUGAAAGGCCCCGAGGCUACCAUCACCCCCAAGGCUACUUGGAUGACGAUGACUUUCCCAUUGGCUAUGACUCACGGAGAUCUCCAAGACGACGCCUACUACCUCCCACCCCAACAUCCCAUCGGAGAUCCUCUUUCAAUUUCGAGUGCCUGCGCAGACAGAGCAGCCAGGAGGAGGUCCCACUGUCACCUGCGCUCCCCCACCGUGCUGCUCUGCCUCUGCACCUGAUGCAGCAGCAGAUCAUGGCAGUUGCAGGCCUUGAUUCCAGUAAAGCCCAGAAGUACUCACCAAGCCACUCAACCCGGUCAUGGGUCACCCCUCCAGCGACCCCUCCAUACCAGGACUGGACCCCGUGCUACACACCCUUGAUUCAGGUGGAGCGGUCAGAGUCACUGGACCAAGUCAAUGGCAGCCUUCCAUCCCUGCACCGCAGCUCCUGGUACACAGAUGAGCCAGACAUCUCCUAUCGGACUUUCACUCCAGCCAGCCUGACUGUCCCCAGCAGCUUCAGAAACAAAAACAGUGACAAGCAGAGGAGCGCAGACAGCCUGGUGGAGGCAGUCCUGAUAUCAGAAGGCUUGGGACGCUACGCAAGGGACCCAAAAUUUGUGUCAGCUACAAAACACGAAAUUGCCGAUGCCUGUGACUUAACCAUCGAUGAGAUGGAGAGUGCUGCUAGCACGCUGCUCAAUGGGAAUGUGUGUCCUCGAGCCAAUGGGGAUGUGGGCCCUGGGGCACAUGGGCAGGACUAUGAGCUCCAAGACUUUGGUCCUGGCUACAGUGAUGAGGAGCCAGACCCCAGGCAAGAAGAGGAGGACUUGGCAGAUGAAAUGAUCUGUAUCACCACCUUGUAGCCUCAGAGGGAGGGCUAGGGAAAAGUGCCUCGUGGUUAGGAAAAGUUUAGGCACUAGUUGGGAGGAAACACUCAAUUUGAUUUCUGUACAAGUGAGGUCAUGCCUCCAGGAAGCCAUAAACCUGGUAGGAACAGGUUCCCAGGGUCCCAGCAGAGCACACAGUGUGCUGUGUGCUCAGGCCCAGCUGCAGGAGACAGCAGGCCCAGCCACCUCCAGAGGGUAGGUGAGGAAGGGCAGCCCAGCCCUGCCCGAAGGUCCAGAUGGACUUCCAAGGAGUCCACCUCCGUGUCUCCCUACACCCAGGGCACCUGUCAGCACAGUGGGGAAGGUGAAAGGUGAUGACGAUGACCACACCUGUGUCAUUACCUCAGUUAUCAGUACAGCAUAUCAGAUACUCACCAGGCCCAGCAUAUCUGUUUUUAAACUCCUCCCCCUGAAACACUGCUUCCUGGUUCCUGUUCAGCUAUUCUGAAAUAUAGUGUGUAUCGGAACCUAGCUACCAGUGGUCAUCUCCAGUGGGGAGCAGGACUUGACAGGUUUUCUGUUAUGUGAUGCCAGUUUACACAAGAGAACAUCACUUGGAUGGUCAGUUCUGACUGUCAUGCUAAGGGCAGCUGUAAACUGGAAUAAUAAUGCACUUGCAACCAGGUAAACUUAGAUACGCUAGUUUGUUUAAAAUAUAGAUUUACUGUACAUGACUUGUAAUAUACUACACUUUGUAUUUGUAAAGAGAUGGUCUAUAUUUUGUAAUUAUUGUACUGUAUUUGAACUGCAGCAAUAUCCAUGGGUCCUAACAAUUGUAGUUUCCCACCCAAAUCUAGAAAUGAUUAGUAUUUUUACUUGGGCUAUACAGAAGUAGAAGAAAUAGAGCCGAUUCUCACUUAUUUAGUGAAAAUUCUUGGGGAGGGGUGUUAAAUUUUGAGUUCGACAGAACUUGACACUACAGAAAUUUUUCUAAAAUAUUUUGAGUCACUAUAAACCUAUCUUUACACAAGAUAUAUAAGAUGACUAUUUUCAGUCUUUUCUUUGGGCAAAAGUUCUAUGAUUUUUUUUUUUAUAUUGUACCUUCUGUUCACUAUGGGUUGCAACUGUCUAGGUUUGCUUUUACUUUAGAAGUUAUAGAGUGGGUCCAGUUGGCCUACUCUCUACCCCAGGCAUCCAUGAGUCUGGUUUUUCUCAGUUGUCUACCCAGGCUGUUUGUGCAUAUCUGUUGUGAAAAUAAUCACAUAGGUAAAUGAAGCACGUCCACGCUCAUCCCAGAGACUGGCCCUGUUGCCUGUUUUAAGGACUAUGGGAUGUUGGGGUAGGGGUGGAGGGAGCACCAUGGUGACCCAUAGGGUUAGAAUGUCAGGGUCUGUUGACAUUGUCCUGUUGCCUUUUACUAAAAGUCGCUGUGCCGCCUGUGUUCCUUAUGAUAGCUGUUAUAUGCAACUGAAUGAGGGCUGAAGCUUUCAGGAGAGUGCAGUCACUCCAACUGUGUGCUUCCCACUGGGGAUCGUUAAGAUUGUCAAGGCUUCCUUUCCUGUUAACAGAACCCUGCUGAUGUCAUCAAAUUACCUAGGCAGGGACUCUCUGCAAUGAAAAAAGACAGGUCAUAAUCUGGGUUCCAAUUUUUUUACUACAUAGACAACCUGUCAAUUUUUUUUUGUAAAUAAUACUUUGUUAUGAAGACCUCUCAGACCUCUUCGUAAGACAUUCUUACUCCAGAUCCAGGCAAAAACUCUUCAAGGUUUGUAAAUGACUACUUCCUGACAUAAAGCCUUUUUUUUUAAUUAAAAUGUUCUUCAGAAUAAGAGUGUGUAAUAAUUUCAUUGUAUCCAGGAGCUCAACUCGCAGAGCUGGCUUUGCCCGUGAGAGCUUCCGGGGGGCAGGUGUUCUCGCCGCAGCUUUGGAAUCAGGUAGCUUUUUUGUUAUCCAGCUCCUUCAAGGUAACUUAAUUCAGCUGCAGAGAGCACUGCUUCUCCUAAAGGGCUAAUCCACCAUCAACAUUACCUUGGACUCUGUGGCUUAACAUCAGGCCAAACCCACCAUCCCCACAGUGUGUGUUGUGGGACAGACACUGAUCUUUUCUAAAGUCAUUCCUGAAUCACUGGCGGGUUUACAGGCUGUGCCACCCCUCGGUAUCUGUCUGCUUUGAGUCUAAUUCAACUUCUCACCUUAUAUUAAAUUUCUCUUUGUAAGAAAAAUUUGGAGUUGUAGAGCAUGAUUUUUUUUCCUUUGCUUUAGGAAGAGUUUUUAAAAUGGAAUUUCUCUACUUUUUUGGUUUCCCUUCCCUACCCCCAAAAAUGAUUGUAUCCAUAGAAAUAGUACAUCUGGUUUCUUUAAUCUUGUGUUUAUAAUAUACCUUGAGGUAGACAUGGCUACUAUGACUUAACUACCAAUCAACAGUGAGAACCUAACUAGGAAUCACUUCUGUUCAAAGUGUGGUCAGUUUCCAUCCAGACAGUGGAACCCUGCUUAGCCAGGGCUUCCUUCCCAAACCUGUUGAAUCACAGACUAUGCUGAAGGCUAGGAUGAGCAGGUCUUAAGGUUAUGGUAGUCCUGCUCUUAAAAGAAG